AUGUUUAAGACUGAGGAGGAGCACGAUCAAGAACACCACGGUCACGAUCAUGACCACCAUGACCACGAUCACCACGACCAUGAUCACGAUCACGACAAGAUGCCAGAUCUUGAGAACCAAACUGAGGAGCAAAAGAAGCUUAACAGAGGUGAGAAGAAAUGCAGAAAGUCACUCAUCAAGCUAGGCAUGAAACAACUUACCGGUAUUACCAGAGUUGCCCUCAGAAAGAGAGACGGACUCAUCUUCGUCAUUAACGACCCAGAGGUUCUUAAGAGUGGCACCAACGAGAACUCAUAUGCCAUCUUCGGAGAGCUCAAGCUCGAGGACCCCAACAGCAGACUCACCCAAAAAGAAGCCAAGAAGUUCGCUGAAGCUAAACCAGAAGCCACCGCUGACGCAAAGGAGGAGGAUAAGAAAGCUGAGGAUGAUUCAGUCCCACUUAGCGAAGAUGGACUCACUGCAUCACACAUCGAUAUGGUCAUCGACCACACCAAGUGCACCAGAAACGCUGCCAUCAGAGCACUAAGAGAGACCAACGACGAUAUGGUUCAAGCCGUCAUGAAGCUCACCACAUGA